AUGCCCUUUGUAAACGCACUCAAAACAAUCGCCCGGACACCACACACCUCCGAGGCCAACACAGACAACACACCGAUACAGGCCACAUCCGAGCCCGAGCUGAGCAUCGAAGAAGCGCUGGAGUUAGUUCGAUUACCCAUGGUGUGUGAGACGUGCACAGUGACGCUGAGUGGUGUGGAGAUACCGUAUAUCAGCAUGCAGUUCCCCGAGGAUCGGGCUAUUGGAUCGCAGUACCGCAGAGAGAGCACUGAUCAGGACAUUACCAAACGAGCCAUGCCUUGGACGGAUGAUAGUGGUAGAUACACGCCUGGGCCAGACCUGGAUGAUGACUUAUGAACGGUGAGGCGCCGCUUAUAGUAUUCGCGUAUAGCAUUCGCCUAUAGGAUCCGUGUACAGGUUGAAUACUUGUAUUCACUAUGGUAUACAUGACAAAGACACAUAUGGCGAGAACACCCCGACAUGCUCCCGAAAUACGAAAUAAAUCCCAAUUUCAGUAGUGAAGG